GUGUUGUUUAUGAAGAUGCCGUCGUUAAGAAAUGCAAUUCUCCUCACCAUUGCCACCACUUUUCUUUAUUUUCGGAUUAUGAGAACACUCAACUUCGAUAAUUAUAUGGCAACGUACAUCUAUUUCCUCACUUGCAUAACCCUGUAUGCAAUUUAUGAGCUGAAUUACAAGAGGAGAAGACUUCCAAAUGGACCAGUACCAUGGCUCGUGGCUGGAAAUAUGCCAAGUUUUAUAAAUGUAAACAAUGUGGACGUCCUAUUCCAAUCGUGGAAACAGCAAUACGGAGGGAUAUUCACUGUUUGGAUAGGCCCGAUUCCAUUGGUUAUGGUAUCCGACUUACCAACAAUCAAGAAAUACUUCAUCCAACACGCCGAUUCAUUUUCCAAUCGUUGGCGUAACUUCGUCACUGAUUCAAUUAUGGAAGGCUCCAAUGGAAUUGUUCAAAUCGAUGGGAACAAAUGGAGGGAGCAGAGAAGAUUUGCAUUACAUACGUUGAGGGAUUUUGGAGUUGGAAAACCUUUGAUGGAGCAAAUGAUUACUCUUGAGGUGACAUCUCUCAUGAACCAUAUGGAAAAAUCAUGCGGACUCGAUGGCAAAGAGCUUCAUCUCUGCCCCUCUAUUGCCGUUUGCGUUGGAAAUAUCAUAAAUAACAUGCUUUUCGGUCUCCGUUUCAACCAAGACAACUCCUACAUGCACCGUCUCCACCAGCUCCUCGAUGAUCAAUCACAUACAGUUAUGCAGCCUAUAAUGGGAGCAUACAUUGCAUUUCCAGUCACUUCAAAAAUUCCAAUUAUAAAUGGAGAAUGGAAUCGAUUGAUGGGGAUUAAGAAUGAGUUGUUGGAAUUUUUAGAAACACAAAUUGAGGGGCAUCGAAUGAAUUGGAAAGAUGAAAUGAUUGAGCAAGAGCCAGAAGAUUUGACAUAUGCAUAUAUGAUUGAAGUGGAGAAAAGGAAGAGAAAUGGAGAAGAUGUCGGAUUUUUUGAUGACCAACAACUAAAAAUGCUGCUACUCGACCUAUUCUUCGCUGGAAUGGAAACUACCGUAACCACCCUGAAAUGGGCUUUCCUUCUAAUGGCUAAAAAUCAAAAAGUACAGAAAAAUGUUCAAGCUGAACUAGACAGUAUUGGUCAGCCAAUGAUUGAAAUUCAACAUCGAACAAGGCUUCCGUAUGUUCAAGCAACAAUCAAUGAAAUUCAACGAAUUGCAAAUAUUCUUCCAAUAAAUUUAUUGAGAACUGUAGCAGAGGAUAUUGAAAUCGAUGGAUAUAAUUUCAAAAAAGGAGAUCUUAUAAUUCCUCAAAUUUCAAUUUUGAUGAAUGAUCCUGAAAUAUUCGAAAAUCCAGAAGAAUUCAAUCCAUCGCGGUUUUUGGAUGAAGAUAAUAAUGUGAAAAAGAUUGACGAAUUUCUACCAUUUUCAAUUGGAAGGAGGCAAUGUUUAGGAGAAUCAUUGGCUCGGGCAGAGUUGUACCUGGUUUUUGCAAAUUUAAUACAAAAUUUCAAUUUUGAAGUGGCGGAUGAUGUGACGACUGAGCGAGUUCUCGGUCUAACAGUGUCUCCCGUUGAAUAUUCUUGUAAAAUCACACGACGAGGUUUGGAUCACAAUCAGAAUUCUGUGAAAUAAGCGUUUUUUGGGAUUCUGAAUGAUUUUUUUCUGUAUAUAUUUUCAUUUUCGAUUAGUUAGUGUGUAAUAUGUGUUCUUCAAUGAAGAUUUUAAUGCUUU